AUGAAUUUUGUUUUUGCAGUGUUUUUCGCGCUUAUUGUAAUUUGUAAUGCCCAAAUAUUGCCCAAGGAAGCGUAUGCGACGGUGCCUCAGCUUAUUACUUCUGCCGGUUACCCAGUAAACAAGCACCGAGUAACCACAUCAGAUGGCUACAUCUUGCAGAUAUACAGGAUACCAGCUGGAAGAAGAACGGCGAGGAGAACUGAUAACGUAAAGGGAAAGAAGGCUGUGCUUUUGGUGCACGGACUUCUGGGGAGCAGCGACAACUUUUUGCUCAUGGGCCCUGAUAGAAGUUUGGCCUAUAUGCUCGCGGAUGCUGGCUACGACGUAUGGCUGGGCAAUUUGCGAGGGACUCAAUACAGUGGACAUCAAAAUUUAACACGAAGGGAUGCAAACUUUUGGAAAUUCAGUUUUGAGGAACACGGCAAAUACGAUGUACCAGCUAUGAUCGAUAAGAUUUUAAGCAUCACUAAGCUGGACAAGAUUCUAUACAUUGGCCACUCAAUGGGUACCACCAGCUUCUUCGUCAUGAUGUCAGAACGGCCUGAAUAUAAUGAAAAGGUCGUCGCAUUUGUUGGACUAGCACCCGCCGUGUACGUGGGGAAUAUGGAGGGGAUCAGUCAGUUUUUCUUAAAUGACUUAGGUAUUACAAAAAGAAUGCGAGAACAAGGUAUUUACUCAACCGAUUUCGCAAAGUGGCCGAUAUUGGCUAACUCGUGCAUCGAGAAGAGUGCACAAGCCAACAUUUGUGUGCAAUUUAAUUCUUACUUAAUGGGAAAUCACAAUGAGCCAAUGGAUAUGAAUAUGUACCCUGUAUGGAUAGCAAGGGUUCAACCAGGUGCAUGGCAACAAUUUGAGCAUUAUGCAAAAGUGGCAAUAACUAAAGUCUUCACAGCUUGGGAGGGAGGCAUCAAUGGAUCUGUAAAACCCUAUAACUUGUCUAAUGUCAAAGUGCCUGUUACAUUAUUGUAUGGAGAGUCUGAUAGAUUAACACAAAAGGCGGAGACACUAAAACUUGCAGACCAAUUAAAAGCCAAUGGUGUUUUAGAGGAAGUGAGACCAGCAUGUCCUUGUUCCAAAUGGAAUCAUAUCGACUUUCUAUUUGCUAAGGAUGUCGGGCGAGAUUUAAAUAAACCUUUAAUAAGAACUGUUAAUAAGUUAUAUAAGAAAUAUGGUUCCUUAUAA